UUCGAUUAAUGUUGCGUACUUCAAUUCAAUUAAUUAGGAAAUUAAUUAAUGCUUAUUUGUUUAGUUUAACGGCGCGCGUUUACGUAACGUAAACGUAGACGUACUACGUUUGCUGUUUGUCGUAUUCUUGCAACCAAAUUGCGUUUGCAUUUACGAUGUAUUAAGGGUUACGCGCUUUAAUUUGAAUUUUCUGUUAACAUUAAGAAUUAUUGUAAUCAAAUAAUCGAUAAAUAAAAUAAGAUUUCAGUGACAUGCUAAUAAAUAUGAUACAAAUAUUUUAAUCAUUGCGAUAUCUCGUAUAGCAGGUCCAAAGGUGUUUAUGUACGUAAUAAAUUGCCACUAAUCGAGAUAAUUGACAACUAUUAUCAUAAAUUCAUAAGAUAAAUGAUAAGGUAAACAACCAGUGCGAUAUUUUACAUUUUUUUAACUUAAUAAUCUUAUUACGAUGGAGACUUCUAAGAAGAUGGUUUCUGAAGAGGAAUUAAAGAAAUAUUUUCCGGAUCUACCAUCUGGCCCUCUGGAUGGAUAUAGAAAAAAAAGCUCGUUUAGUUGGCGCCGUAUGAAGCUUGCUUGUGACAACUCGACUACUUUAAAAUUAAAACACGAUAUCUGGACCUUUAUGGAGACACAUCCAUUGUUCCAACACUCUGAUGUAUCAAUACCUUUGGACGAAGAAAGGCACAUAGCUGUGAAAAGAAUGUACGCUGUUCACAAUGAAAAUUUCACACCAUUUGAAAAGAUCAUCGAAGAACCAAGAGUUAUUCAAGCAGAGGCUGAAGCAAUCUUCAUGUUCGACAGUUCUCUCGCAGUGAAGAAAUCCCUCACCUUUGGCAUGUUUGCUAACACGAUACGCGGCAGUGGGAGACCACAUCAGUACCAUUUUGCGGAAGCUGUUGAAGAGGGUAAAAUAGGUGGAUGUUUCGCACUCACGGAAGUAGCACACGGCUCCAACGCCAAAGGCAUGAGGACCACGGCGACUUAUAACCCAGAGAAGAAACAGUUCAUAAUGCAUUCAGCUGACUUUGAGGCGGCCAAAUUUUGGGUUGGAUGUUUGGGAAAAUGUGCAACGCACGCCAUAGUGUAUGCCAUGCUGGUCUCGAAGGGCACCAACCACGGGUUGCACUCCUUCAUUGUGCCCAUCAGGGACCCUAAGACCUUGAAACCGUUUCCCGGAGUCAUCGUUGGCGAUAUCGGAGAAAAGAUCGGCCUCAAUGGUAUUGAUAAUGGAUUUGUGAUGUUCAAUAACUACGCAAUACCGAAGGAGCUGGCGCUGGACAAGUUCGGUGGGGUGGACGACAGCGGCGACUACCAGUCGCCCUUCAGGGACCCUAGCAAGCGGUUCGGCGCUUCUUUGGGCAUUCUGUCUGGUGGUCGCGUGAUGAUAACCUCUAUAUCGACCAACUACCUGCAGAAGGCGAUAGUGAUCGCGGUGCGCUACUCGGCGGUGAGGAAGCAGUUCGCAGCGGAGAACGCAGUGGAGGAGACGCCGGUACUGGAGUACCAGCAACAGCAAAUCCGCCUGCUGCCGUACCUAGCGGGCACGUUCGCGCUGCGCAUAUUCUGCACGUGGUUCGGCAGCGUGCACAUCAACAUGACCAUCGACAACUACGCCGGUAAACAGGACGAGUUGUCCGCGGCUCGCGGCAUAGAGUUGCACGCGCUGUCGUCCGCCGUGAAGCCGGUGUGCGGCUGGCUGGCGCGCGACGGCAUACAGAACUGCCGGGAGGCGUGCGGGGGACACGGCUACUUGAAAGCGGCAGGUAUAGGCGACUUGCGCAAUGAGAACGACGCCAACUGCACCUACGAGGGGGAGAACAGCCUCCUGCUGCAGCAGAACAGCAACUGGCUGCUCAGCGUCUGGCCCAAGCGGCGCGAGCUCAACGUGGCGCAGGAGUCCCCGCUCGGCUCCUUGGAGUUCUUGCUCAAUGUGGACGACGUCCUGAAGAAGACCUGCCCGUGGAAGACUGUGGAGGAACUUACUGAUCCAUACAAUCUAACCCAGAUGUACAAAUGGCUGACAGCGUACAUGCUAAAGACGACGUACGAAAAAGUGUCCAAAUUGAAGAGCGAUGGCGCGGACAAUCUGCAGGCCAAGAACGACUCGCAGUCCUACAACGCUGUGGCACUAUCGGUCAUAUACGGAGAGAAUUACAUUUUAAACCAUUUCUACAAGACUGCGAUAUCUUUCGAAGAUGAAGCUUGCAAGAAGGUUCUACUUAAAUUGGUCUCCUUGUACGGAGCGUUCCUUUUAGAGAAACACAUGGCUACUUUGUAUAUAGGAGGAUACUUCACCCUGGACCAAGGGCUGCACCUGCGGGAGGGCGUGCUGCGGCUGUGCGCGCAGGUCGCGCCAGAGGCCGUCGCCCUCAGCGACACGCUGGCGCCGCCCGACUUCUGCAUCAAGUCGGUGCUGGGCAUGUCGGACGGAGAGGCAUACAAGCACCUCCAGAACAGAGUUAUGACAUACCCCGGAGCCAUGACACGACCAGAAUGGUGGAGGGACGUAGUCUACUGGGAUUCGUACAUUCCCUCCAAGUUGUAAGAUAUAUCAUUACAUCUAUAGGAUUUAAGCUGGAGACAUAUUUGUGACAUCCCACUCGAAGCCAUAACUUUAAUAAUAUAUUGCAAUUCAUCACGAAGUUUUCACAGUAAGAUGUUUCAUACACAAAAUAAUUUACCAACAGUGCCCUGUGCCUUUAUUUGCCUUGAAAAAUAAUUAAUAAGUCUAAUUAUUAUAGACCCGCGCUAUAAAUGUGAAGCUUCAUGCUCUUGAAUAAAAUUCACAUUUUUCUUAUCUUUUAAAUUAUUGUGAACUGAAUGCCUCCCCCUUAAGCAAUGGGCUGGCAACACCCUUGUUCAAUAUCGCCGUAGUCUGUAUUAGUAAGGCAACUUUUGUAAUAUUACUAUAACUGUGAUAAUAUUCAAAUGUUGAAUAAACGCUUCAUAUCUACAGUUCGUUUCAUAUAGGAUGGUGCUGGUGACAGUUCGUUUCACUCUUGAAAGUUUUCGCGAUUUACGAUAAUAGUACGUAUUAUGAACGUCAUAUAGGCGACUGUCACCACACCAUGUUAUCUGAAAAACACUUACCUAAUAGUUACUUACCUAAUACUUACCUAAAACACUUACCUAAUACUUACCUAAUAGUUAAAGUUCGUGAUAUAAAAUGAUUUUGCAAUAUUUCCGAAAAAACUGACAAAUCUGUGUGAUAAUCAUACAGUAAGUAAUAUCACAAAUUUUCAAAUUUUGUUUCACUCUGAUAUGAGUGAAUUUUCAGAUGUUACAUUGCAAACAUGGCGUCGCAAUGUAACAUCAUUUAGGAAUUUAGGAUACGUAUCUUCGUACUAAAACACAAACUUGUGAGGUUUCCACAGAAAAAAAAAACUUGUAUUAUCUAAUUUAGAAAAUAAGUUGUAAUUAUUAUCAAUCACAAAUAUUUUAUUUACUCAUAGGAGUAUGUACAUUGUUAUAUUUACAUUUAUUAUGAAUGGUUUUAUAUAGGUUUAAAGGGAUCAAAUGUAUUUUUAUAUUCUUAUACACUAUUUUCAAAAUAUAUAAAUGUUAUUUUUUUAAAUUGAA